GUGCGCGUGUGUCUCCCAGCGGCGGCCAUGUUGGAAUGUUGGAUGUGGACAAGGCGAAGAGGGGAAGCAGGAACGGGCGACUCCGGGGCGAGCGAAAGGGGGGAAGAGGACUGAGGAGGCGAGAUUGGAGCGACGAAACACCGCCAGUGAUUAUCACUCUUCCCAGAUAGCGGACCUUCUAGCAAGUUCUGCCAGUUUUGAAGCCGACCAUAAGGUGCCAUAUAGAACGUCCAAAGGAACCAGUCGGCGAUAUCUCCAGGAUUGCCUACUACACAGAAUAUGACAGACACCUAGCAGCGGCAGUCACAGCAGGGAAAACCAUGGCCACACCCUACAUGGACCCCAACCUGAACCACCCCCUCCUGGACACUGCCAAGUCGCAGCUCAGCGCAGGAGGCUCGGACCGAACCAUGCCCGGCUCCGUAGACAGGGUCCUGAAAGUUUUCCAUUACUUCGAGACCAACACGGAGCUCAGGUGCUGGUCCUCCAACAUCCGAUACGGGGACGCCACUGACAUCCGGGGAAUCAUUCAGAAGAUCUUGGACAUCCACAAAGUGCGCUGGACGUCCUGCUUUGGCCUGCGUCUCAGCAGCAGCGGCCAAUCCAGGGACCAAGUGCACUGGCUUCAUCCGGACCUGGGCGUGUCUCACGUCCGUGAAAAAUACGAACAGACGCGUUCUGGAGAGGAGUGGAGGUACGAACUGAGGAUCCGAUAUCUGCCGAAAAGCUUUGUGCAGCAGUUUACAGAAGACAAACCUACACUCAAUUACUUCUACCACCAGGUGAAAAAUGACUACAUGACACAGAUUGGGGAUCAGUUGGAACAAGAUGUUGCCCUCAAACUAGGCUGUCUAGAGAUCAGGAGGUUCUUCAAAGAGAUGCGAGGCAAUGCCCUGGACAAAAAGUCCAACUACGAACUACUGGAGAAAGAUGUUGGUUUAAGGCGUUUUUUCCCCAAAGACCUUAUGGAUUCAGUCAAGGCUAAGACUCUUCGGAAGCUCAUCCAGCAGACCUUUAAGCAAGUGGCCAACCUCAACGACGAGCAGUGCAUCCUAAAGUUCCUGGAGAUCCUUGCUCCCAUCCACCGCUAUGACAAGGAGUGCUUCAAAUGUGCACUCGGAUCCAGCUGGGUGAUCCAGGUGGAGUUGGCAAUCGGACCAGAAGAAGGGAUCAGCUACUUGACAGACAAGGGAUCAGCACCCACCCAUCUGGCCAACUUCACCCAAGUUCAGUCCAUCCAGUACUCAGCAAUGGAAGAGAAGGACAGGAAGGGAAUGCUUCAAGUCAAUGUUGCAGGAGCUGCUGAGCCUCUCACCGUCACGACAGCCUCCUUGACCAUGGCCGAGAACUUGGCCGACUUGAUUGACGGCUACUGUCGGCUGGUCUCCUUGAAGACCGACUCUUUCAUCGUGAGAGUGCAAAAAGAGGGCGAGCGAGCGUUACCUUCCAUUCCAAAAGUGUCGAAUAAUGAGAAGAAGUUGGAGGCAGUCAAGAGCGGAGUGAGAACUAUUUCCAUCUCAGACCCAGUGCCAUCAUCAACUCUUCCUAAGCCAGCGAAGGCACGGCGUUUCCUCCUCCCCUUUGUCUUCUGUUCAGAAUCGCCACUUAAUGAGACUGAUGACUACGCCGAGAUAGUUGACGAAGAGGACACGUACACCAUGCCCUCCAUGACCUAUGGAAUAGUGGAAGCGCGGGACUACGAGAUUCAAAGAGAGAGGAUCGAGUUGGGUCGCUGCAUCGGGGAGGGUCAGUUUGGAGAUGUCCACCAAGGAGUCUAUAACAUUCCGGACAAGCCGUCCCUCGCUGUCGCCAUCAAGACGUGUAAGAACUGCACAUCUGACAGCGUCAGAGAAAAGUUCCUGCAAGAAGCACUGACCAUGCGGCAGUUUGACCACCCUCACAUCGUCAAGCUGAUCGGCGUUAUAACGGAGAACCCGGUGUGGAUCAUCAUGGAGCUGUGCACGCUCGGAGAGCUGCGCUCCUUCCUUCAGGUGAGGAAGUACAGUCUGGACUUGGCCACUCUCAUCCUGUUUGCUUACCAGCUCAGCACCGCACUGGCGUAUCUGGAAAGCAAACGCUUUGUUCACAGGGACAUAGCAGCACGGAAUGUGUUGGUGUCUUCAAUAGACUGUGUGAUGCUGGGGGACUUUGGUCUGUCACGCUACAUGGAGGACAGCUCUUACUACAAAGCCUCUAAAGGUAAACUUCCUAUCAAGUGGAUGGCUCCCGAGUCCAUCAACUUCAGAAGAUUCACCUCCGCCAGCGACGUCUGGAUGUUCGGCGUGUGCAUGUGGGAGAUCCUGAUGUAUGGCAUCAAGCCCUUCCAAGGAGUGAAGAACAAUGACGUUAUUGGCAGGAUCGAGAAUGGCGAGCGGUUGGCCAUGCCGCCUCAGUGCCCGCCCACCCUUUACAGCCUUAUGACCAAAUGUUGGUCGUACGACCCCAGCAAGCGGCCGCGGUUCACGGAACUUAAAACGCAGCUGAGCGCCAUACUGGAGGAGGAGAAGCUUCAGCAGGAGGAAAGGCUUAGGAUGGAGAUGAGAAGACAAGUCACAGUGUCUUGGGACUCUGGAGGUCCGGAUGAGGCUCCGCCUAAACCUAGUCGACCAGGUUACCCCAGCCCUCGCUCCAGUGAGGGAUUCUUUUCCAGCCCGCAACACAACCAUUUCCCGCCAACAGCCCACGGGGGAGUGGGGGGUGGCUUCCCUGCUGGCGAUUCUUGGAACCAGCACAGACCCGAACAUACAGCCUUGUGGACCCCCAACAUGGAGGACACUGGAUGUGGAGGUCAAGUUCUCAUGGAGGAGAGGCUGAUGAUGCAGCAACAGCAGAUGGAGGAUGACCAGCGAUGGUUGGAGCAGGAGGAGAGCUUCAUGAAGACCGAGUCCAGAAACAGCCGAGGAAGCAUCGACAGAGAGGACGGCACCCUUCAAGCGCCGGGUGGAAGUCAGCACAUCUACCAGCCUGUGGGCAAACCAGAACACUUGGCCCCGCCUAAGAAGCCGCCCCGCCCCGGAGCGCCCGGUCACCUUGGUAACCUGGCCGGUCUCUGUCCCGUGGACAGUUACAACGAGGGUGUGAAGUUACAGCCCCAGGAGAUCAGCCCGCCCCCCACAGCCAACUUGGACCGCUCCAACGACAAAGUCUACGAGAACGUGACGGCCCUGGUCAAGUCGGUAAUCGAGAUGUCAAAUAGGAUCCAACCGGCAGCCCCCGAGGAGUACGUCCCCAUGGUCAAGGAAGUGGGUCUGGCACUAAGGACUCUGCUGGCCACAGUGGAUGAAACCAUUCCUGUCCUGCCUGCGAGCACCCAUAGAGAGAUCGAGAUGGCGCAGAAGCUUUUGAAUUCCGACUUGGCAGAGCUGAUCGCCAAGAUGAAGCUCGCUCAGCAGUACGUCAUGACGAGCCUGCAGAAGGACUACAAGAAGCAGAUGCUGAUGGCGGCACACGCCCUAGCUGUUGAUGCCAAGAACCUGUUGGAUGUCAUCGACCAGUCGCGACUCAAGACCAUCACAAGGCCGCAUUAGCCUGCAGGACAGAAGCGGAGAAAGUGUCAGCAUUGAUCAAGUGAUGGAAAACAAUCAGACGCCAUCGCAAACCCUUUCUUGUAAAAAAACACAAAACUUGUUCAUCGCAUAUCUUUUUUUAUUCUUUUGACUUAUUUAACACGUGAUGACGCGUUUGAAGGACUAAUCACGUGAUGAACUGGAACUGAAACAAAGGAGCAGGAUCAUGAAGAUUAAAAAAUAUAUAUAAAUAUAUAUAUAUAUAUAUAUAUAUAUUAAUAUUUACAGCCUUCACUCUUUAUAGGAUUUUUUUCAAACAUUUUGUUUUUCAGGCUUUUAAUGAUGGAAACUUUUAAAAGCGUUUUGUAUGGAAAAAAGACUUAAGAAAUCACGUCAUAGGCCACUUUUUGAAGUUAACAUGAUAAAUAUACAUAGACUAUAUUUUUUCAACACCUUUGAGGAAUGAAGGAUGUUAAAAGCCAUAAAUACUCUUUCCACAAUGUUCUAAAUAACUAUUCCUUGUUUUUAUAUAUAAUUAUAUCACUGUUUUUUUUUACAUAGUGUCCACUUUUCAAAGCACAUUGGCAACUUGUAAACUAUUUUAAAAUAGAAUCCAAUACUGUGAAUAGUACAUGAUUUAUUUAUUGGGUGAAUGGAUGUUUUGAAUUAGACAAAUUCACUUUACUUCACAAACGUGUUGUUCUUCCUGGAGCUUUUCAUUCCACUGUUCACUAUUACCUCUGCCUGGAGUUGAACUCUCUCAGGAAAGAGUCACAUGUACAGUAGCAAAUAAAAACACACUGUCCAUCCAUC